AUGUGAACUCACUGUUGUUUGAGUCGAGUCAGUGUUAGCUGUGAGGUGAUGGCAAGGGUGGCUAGCUAGCUGGCUGGUGGCUGAUAACUAACGAGGUGGCACAAUUCUUGGCGUUUAGGAUAUCUUUGCUCUGCUUCAUUUGUCCGAGUUGGCAACCGGUGAGGAGCAGCGUUGCCUGAAUUUGACGCGUUGGUGCUGCUCCUAAUUAAGCUAACGUUAGCUUACAAGCUGCAGACUCUCCUAAAAGAUGGCCACUGUGUCAAUUCCUCCUUGUACCAGUGCACUCUUGCUGGAUAUUGAGGGAACAACCACACCAAUCACAUUUGUAAAGGAUAUCCUAUUUCCAUACAUCAGGGAGCAUCUUGAGGAUUACUUGUCCGCUCACUGGGAAGAGGACGAGUGCAAGCAAGAUGUUCACCUCCUAAAGAAACAGAUUGAAGAGGACAUGAAGCAGAACCGUUCGUGUCCAGUCCACGCUGUGGACCAGACGGUCCACACAGAUGAGGAGAAGGCCAUUAGGGAAGUCGUGGAUAACGUGCUGUGGCAGAUGGCAGCGGACAGGAAGUCGACAGCACUCAAACAGCUCCAAGGCCACAUGUGGAGGGCAGCUUACACUUCAGGGAGAAUCAAAGGCGAGAUUUACCAGGAUGUAAUUCCAUCCAUUAAAAGAUGGAAAGAACAAGGACUGAAAGUGUAUAUUUACUCCUCUGGAAGUGUGGAGGCACAGAAACUUCUGUUUGGAUACUCUGUCGAGGGAGAUGUUUUAGAUUUAUUUGACGGUCACUUUGACACCACUAUAGGAGCUAAAGUAGAAUACAAAAGCUACGAGAGGAUUGCUGAGAGGAUCGGCUGUCAGCCUGAGGAAAUCACGUUCUUGACAGACGUCACUCGAGAGGCUAAAGCGGCUGAAGAAGCCGGGGCGAACGUGGUGCUGGUGGUCAGGCCUGGAAACAUGGAGCUGACGGAUGAUGAGAGGGCCCACUAUAACCUCAUUACAUCCUUUAGCCAACUUGAACUGACGGGACGAGUUUAACGCAGAGCGUGGAGGAAGGCGGGGAGGACCUCUCUGACUUCAUCUCAUAAUGACCUGUUCCUUCUCCGCUUUGCCCCCACCCUCCCCCCCUUCCUUUCUGCAACACUGACGUUUCUGUUUAUUCCACGUUGACAGUUUGAGAAGCGUAGGAGACGCUGCUGGGGCUGCAGUCAGCCACCACAAGUCCUGGGAGAAGUUCAUCCAUCCCGGUCUCCCAGGAUGUCUUUCACGUGUAUGGAAACAGAUCUACGGAGCGAAACGGGGACUCAAAUGGAACAUGACUCUGAUUGGACCGUUUGACGGACUGGGAAGGGAACAGAGAAGCUAACAGAAGCCUGAAGGAAGCUGCACAUGACCUGUCAUGUUACUUCACCUUUUUACCUUUUAGAUGAACCGUAUGUGGUCUCCAGAUCUGAACCUCUCAAGUGUUACUAAAACUUCCCAACUGUGUGUGUGUGUGUGUGUGUGUGUGUGUUGUAGCUGUCACCAUUUUGUAAACGUUUUCCAUUCAUGUGCUGUUUUCGCCCUCUGCACAUACACACAUGUUGCAGAUGUAUGAAGUUUUAUCAAGUGACUGAACUGUUUAACAUUUUAAUGUUUUAGAAAGUAGAGCCACAGUGUAGAUGCACUCAGCAGCUCAUUUCAGACUUUGUACGAAUGUCUUAAUUCAAACCCUCGCAGCUGACUGGUGUCUGUUUAAGUGUGCCAUCCUCGCUGUUCAUCUGUAAUGUUGGUGCUGGAAAGUUAACUUAAAGUUGCUAAAUUAAGGAUUUGCGUGUUAACAUAAUUGCUAUUAUUCAGGAAUGAUGAUCUAAAAACUUUCUUUCAAUAAAUGCCUUGUCUCACACAGA